AUGCUCCUGGCCACGAGAGCGGCGAGGCUUCGGCCCAUAGCUGGUUACAGUCGCCUGUUCCACGCCAAGUCUCAGCAUCUGUCGAGUGCCGAGGCCGCACCGGCUGCUCGCCCAGCUCACUAUGACAACUCGCAGCAGCUCUCGGCCAUUGACGAGGUCAAAGCGAGGCGGGCCAAGGCAGGGAAGCUGGUUGCUGGAGUUGCGGCUGCUUCGGAUAGCGACAUGUUUAAGGGGCCGACAACCGGUUUGCCCAAGUCUAAGAGAUGGGAUAGUCAUUUAAGCCACGAGAGCAGCAUACGAGGGCCUUGCACUCUCAAGCAAGCUGCUCGCCACAUGAAGAAGCCUGGCCUCAUCUCACUCGGCGGCGGUCUUCCCUCAAGUGAGGUGUUCCCCUUUGCAGAGCUCGGUUUCAAAGUGCCCGUGGCUCCCAACUUCUCUGAAAAGGAAACACAAGAGUCGGGACAGACGGUUACUAUUGGAAAAUACGACGUUAGAGACCGCGACGGCACCUAUGACCUGUCCAUUGCAUGCAAUUACGGUCAGGCCACGGGAUCCCCUCAGAUGAUGCGGUACCUGACGGAGCAUACUGAGAUUGUGUAUAAGCCCCCGUAUGCGGACUGGCAGGUCUGCCAGACUAUCGGUAGCACGGGAGCCUUGGAGGAGGCGCUUCGCAUGUUCUGUGACAAGGACCGGGGUGACUCUAUUCUGACCGAAGACUUUAGCUUCUCAACAGCUCUCGAGACGGUUGGACCCCUGGGUGUAAAGGCCUUUGGUGUUGCCAUUGACGAAGAGGGCCUUAUCCCUGAGCGCAUGGAUGAGCUCCUGUCUAACUGGGAUGCCAAGGAGCGAGGAGCACGAAAACCUCAUUUGCUUUACACGGUUCCUUCGGGACAGAACCCCACAGGAGCGACUCAGGGAACAGAACGACGAAAAGCCAUCUAUGCCGUGGCACAGAAGCACGACCUAUAUAUCAUCGAGGACGAGCCGUACUACUUCCUCCAGAUGCAGCCGUACACGGGACGCGACCAGCCCGACGUGCCACCGCCCAAGACUGUCGAGGAGUUUGUCUCCUCGCUCAUCCCCUCGCUGCUGAGCAUCGACGUCGACGGGCGUGUGAUGCGUAUGGACUCGUUCUCCAAGGUUCUCGUGCCGGGAUCACGCCUCGGAUGGAUUACGGCAUCCGCGCAGAUCGUUGAGCGGUACGUCCGACACGCAGAGGUCGCCAGCCAAGGACCUAGCGGUUUCUCCCAGGUUAUUCUGUAUAAGCUGCUGGACGAGACGUGGGGACAUGAGGGCUAUCUGCGGUGGUUGAUGAACUUGCGGCUGGAGUACACCAAGAGGCGAAAUGCUCUGCUUGCUGCUUGUGAGGAUCAUCUUCCGAGUGACCUCGUGAGCUGGACUCCUCCUGCGGCUGGCAUGUUUAUGUGGUUGAAAGUUGAUCACACUAAGCACCCUCAAGCUGGAGAACGCAGCAUCAUAGAUAUCGAGGAGGAAAUCUUCAACUCUUGCAUCGAGAGCGGCGUCCUCGUUGCCAGAGGCUCUUGGUUCCUGACCGAGAAGGAUAAGCCGCCACCUGGGUUGUACUUCCGAGCUACCUACGCCUCGGCGACACCUGAGAACAUGAACAAGGCUAUCGAGAGAUUCGGCAAGGCCGUGAAAGAUAGUUUUGGAAGAAAGUAG